CGGACGUCAGACCGUGUUACGUAUCCCCGCAGCUCACGUUAUGCUCGAGUUUUCGGCUCGUUGACGGCUGUCAUUCGCGGAAGGUCGAUCGGACCGUGACCCCUGAGGUUUCUUUAUCGGGAUAUCUCGGACAGCAAGAAGCUCGACGGUCGUGCAAUUAUUGAUACACGUAAUUUGCAUACCACGAAUCGGUCCGGGCCAGUGUUCGAUGUAUAGUGCCUUGAAAAUCCAUGAUGGCGGACGUUGAAAGAUCGCGCUAGUGCAUGCCGCGAAAUUUUGCGAGUUUCACGUUCAGAUUUCCGUCUGAACACACGUCGAGGCAUCCGUACGCCUCGUAACCGUAAUCUUAAUUAUCGGUAGAUUUUUCUCGCGCGGCAUUCUCGUUUGAGCAUUUUUUAUGGUGGCCGUGAUCAUGCAAGCACAGCAGCAGCCGCAGCAACAACAGCAGCAAAACCAUCAACAGAUUGCUGGCACCAGCGUCAUUCUUAAAAUGAACGAGAUACAACAGCUCUCGACAGUUGUGCCCGCCAAAUGUUAGGGGCGCCAGAUCCGGUGUCUACGCUCCUGAGCCGGGUGUCUUCUUCUGUUCCCUCUUCCGUCUUCACCGCAACGACGCAGGAGUCCGCCAUAGUAGCGAAACGGACGAAUCAGCGAGCCGCUGGCUCUGGCAGGGAUAACCUGGUCGUAGCGUAACUUGUACAGAAGCUCGGCACUGUAUACAGAAGCUAGGAGUACAUAAGUAUAAUGUUGAAAGAAGCGUGACAGUGAAGACAAGUAUACUGCUCAUGUUGGAAAAGUGGUGUUAAAGCCAACAACUUUCUAAAAUCUCGGUGCUGGGCAACUGCUGCACCGAAGAAUCCACUGGAAAAUUCAGUGUGUCGUUUCGGAGUUUCUUGAAAUCGGUCGAACCUGGUUGCAACUGCGUUGGGAUUGCGUGCGGUUGUGUGCACGCAUGCCAAAGCUACCGAGAAGGCCAGAGCAACGAACCGAGAGAGGAACACGCGAGUAAAAUGAGUCUCAGACUGUCGGAGAAGAAGGAGACCGUUCUGAGGAACACGAACGGGAUCAUCGCCAACGUUGUGAACAAUUCUGAAGAUAUUUCGAGUGGGGCCGGCGAGUGGCAAAACGGACAAAAUCUUCUGGUCGUUACGCAGGACACUCAGGGCAAGGAGCUGAUCGCGAUCGCCGACAAUCAGACCAUAAACGUCGCCGUUGAUUCCUACUGGCUGUUGGAGCUCGCUCAUAGGGAAUAUCAAGCAGGCGACUAUGAAAACGCUGAAAGACACUGUAUGCAGCUUUGGCGGCAGGAAACAAACAACACAGGAGUUCUUUUGUUGCUGUCAUCGAUUCAUUUCCAGUGUAGGAGGCUGGAAAAGUCAGCUCACUACAGUAGCUUAGCGAUAAAGCAAAAUCCCUUACUGGCGGAGGCAUACAGCAAUCUCGGAAACGUUUUUAAGGAACGUGGUCAACUGCAGGAGGCAUUGGAAAACUAUCGACAUGCGGUACGAUUGAAACCGGACUUUAUCGAUGGUUACAUUAACUUGGCAGCUGCAUUGGUGGCUGCGGGAGACAUGGAACAAGCUGUUCAAGCUUAUGUGACUGCUCUACAAUACAAUCCCGAUCUCUACUGCGUGAGGAGCGAUCUUGGUAAUCUUUUGAAAGCAUUAGCAAGACUUGACGAAGCGAAGGCAUGCUAUCUAAAGGCGAUCGAAACGCGCCCGGACUUCGCGGUCGCCUGGAGCAAUCUUGGCUGCGUGUUCAACGCUCAGGGAGAGAUCUGGUUGGCGAUUCACCACUUCGAGAAGGCAGUUGCGCUCGAUCCGAACUUCUUGGACGCGUACAUCAACCUUGGCAACGUACUGAAAGAGGCCAGGAUCUUUGACAGAGCCGUAGCUGCCUACUUGCGUGCAUUGAAUCUCAGCCCUAAUAAUGCGGUCGUGCACGGAAACUUGGCCUGCGUUUAUUAUGAGCAGGGGCUUAUUGACUUGGCGAUCGACACGUACCGUCGUGCCAUCGAAUUGCAACCUAAUUUUCCAGAUGCGUAUUGCAACCUGGCGAACGCGCUCAAAGAGAAGGGUCAAGUGGUGGAGGCGGAGGAUUGCUACAACACCGCCCUUCGCUUGUGCCCGUCGCACGCCGAUUCCCUUAAUAAUCUGGCCAACAUAAAAAGGGAACAAGGAUACAUCGAAGAAGCGACUCGACUGUAUCUGAAGGCGCUCGAAGUGUUCCCCGAGUUCGCGGCAGCUCACAGCAACCUUGCUUCCGUGUUGCAACAGCAAGGAAAGUUAAACGAAGCGCUGAUGCAUUACAAGGAGGCUAUUCGUAUUCAGCCGACUUUCGCAGACGCUUACUCGAAUAUGGGCAAUACCCUAAAGGAGAUGCAAGAUAUACAGGGGGCUCUUCAAUGUUACACGAGGGCUAUUCAAAUCAAUCCCGCUUUCGCCGAUGCUCAUUCCAAUUUAGCCUCGAUUCACAAAGACUCCGGGAACAUUCCUGAGGCGAUCCAAUCCUACAGGACCGCGUUGAAGUUGAAGCCUGAUUUUCCGGACGCGUACUGCAAUCUGGCGCAUUGUCUGCAGAUAGUUUGCGACUGGACCGAUUACGAGGCUAGAAUGAAGAAACUGGUCUCCAUAGUGGCGGAACAAUUGGACAAAAACAGGCUGCCGAGCGUACACCCGCAUCAUUCCAUGCUCUAUCCUCUUUCUCAUGACUUCAGGAAAGCCAUCGCAGCUAGGCAUGCCAAUCUUUGCAUCGAAAAGAUCCACGUUUUGCAUAAACAACCGUACAAGUAUCCUCGCGAAGUUGGAACCCGCCUGAGGAUCGGCUACGUGUCUUCAGACUUCGGAAACCAUCCUACCAGUCACUUAAUGCAAUCGAUUCCGGGACUUCACGAUCGACAGAGCGUUGAAAUAUUCUGUUAUGCGCUGAGUUCCGAUGAUGGGACAACUUUCAGAGCAAAGAUUGCAAGGGAAGCUGAACACUUUAUCGAUCUCUCGCAGAUUCCAUGCAACGGGAAGGCGGCUGAUCGCAUCAACGCCGAUGGAAUACAUAUUCUAGUAAACAUGAAUGGUUAUACGAAAGGUGCUAGAAACGAAAUAUUUGCUCUUCGACCGGCACCGAUUCAGGUGAUGUGGCUGGGAUACCCGGGAACGUCUGGCGCUAGUUUUAUGGAUUAUUUAAUCACAGAUGAAGUCACGUCGCCAUUAGAACUCGCCACACAAUACAGCGAGAAACUUGCUUACAUGCCACACACGUACUUCAUCGGAGAUCAUAAGCAAAUGUUCCCACAUCUCAAGGAACGACUGAUCUUGACAGAUAAAUUGAACAUGAAAGGAAAAGUAGCAGACAAUGUAGCAGUGAUAAAUGCCACCGACCUGUCUCCGAUGAUCGAGAAUACGUUGGUAAAGGAAAUCCGCGAAGUAAUUGUACCUGAUGCCAAAAACAAACCCGUUGAAAUCUCGUUGAAAGUCGCGGAGUUACCAACCACCACACCCAUUGAGACGAUGAUCGCCUCUGGUCAGUGCCAGAUGUCCGUCAACGGCGUUGUAGUCCAAAAUGGCAUGACCACGACGCAGGUGAACAAUAAAACGGCAACGGGAGAAGAAGUGCCUCAGAACAUUGUGAUCACAACGAGACAACAGUACGGUCUUCCGGAGGACGCGGUUGUCUACUGCAACUUCAAUCAGCUGUAUAAAAUUGACCCUCUCACACUUCACAUGUGGGCACAUAUUCUGAAACACGUGCCCAAUUCGGUGCUAUGGCUGCUUCGUUUCCCAGCGGUUGGCGAGCCUAACUUGCAGGCCACAGCUCAACAAUUAGGCUUAUCACCCGGCAGGAUUCUGUUCAGCAACGUCGCGGCGAAGGAAGAGCAUGUCAGGCGAGGACAAUUAGCCGAUGUCUGCUUAGAUACGCCACUCUGCAACGGUCACACUACUAGUAUGGACGUCUUGUGGACCGGAACGCCGGUGGUUACACUGCCAGGAGAGACGUUAGCGUCACGCGUCGCUGCAAGUCAAUUGAAUACCUUAGGCUGUCCCGAAUUAGUAGCACGAACGAGACAAGAGUAUCAAGAUAUCGCGGUUCGUUUGGGCACAGACAGGGAAUACUUGAAAGCGAUAAGGGCAAAGGUAUGGAAGGCCAGGUCAGAGAGUCCUCUAUUCAGCUGUAAACUGUAUGCGUCUGGCAUGGAGAUGUUAUACAGGAAGAUGUGGGAGCGUUACGCACGAGGUGAAAAGCCUGACCACGUGGCCGCUGUAGAUAAGAAUGAAAGAGAGAAGCUUACGAACUCAUCUUAAGGCGACACAUUACGUUUUAAUUUAUAUACACACCACACACACACACAAACACACAUACUACACAUAGCUUUAAUUCCGUGAACAUCUGUUUUCUGGGGACUUAGCAUUUAAAGACAGAUGGUUAUCGACAUCCUAUUUGACCCAAGAUACGGUUCUUAUAAGAAAUUCCCAACCGCGCUGGCAAUUACUGUUUUGUACGAUAAAAUCAUCGAGCUUAGAAUUUAUUACACGUAGAAAAAUACAAAUACGUCGGUGCGCGAUACUUCGAUUCGGCACCUGAACAUAUGUGAUGGAUUCUUGAUGCCGUAUGAGUCACGAGAAAACAAUUACGCUUGCUUCCUACGUUGUGUAUCAUUUUCACCCUGUUAUUUAUAUAUUAACAAUUUUUCGUAUAAUGUCUCGACUUACAAAGAAUCAUAAUCUCUCGUGGUUUCUUAACUUUCGACGAUUAGCUUGGUGAGAGCGAGUAUAAUAGAAGAGACUAUUGAAUAAUUAUAUUACGCAAAACGGUGCACAAGCAUACGAGUAUAGUGACGAGAUUCGUAUCACUAAUUUUAUAACACGUUGCCGAUACCGCGGCUUACGAUUCGUAAUGCUGUGCGGAUUUCGAUGACUCUUGACGCGUCUUGUAGGUGACCUUGGGGAACUAUGAGGGUGAUUUUUUUCUGGUUGUUAUUCGUCGUUCGACGCGAAUACGAUUUAGCUCGUAAAGAAAGAUGUGCGUCGAGAACGAUGGGAGGGGGGUGGGAGGGGGGAGAGAUAUGUUAGAGCGAAGUAUAUAGGUUCUACACGUCAAGAUGUUAAUUAAUUAGCAACUGCUCUGACAGCAAAGAACGCAAGUUGUAUUAUAUACGAUCAAGUAAUGAUACACGUGUAAAUAUUAAAGAAAGGUAACCGUUAGUUAAUACUUUAGUUCGAUAGUGAAACUGCGUAAAUUAAGAGCGAAAUAAAAAAAAAAAGUUGCGUGAGAUAGCGAGGUGUUGACUGUAGCGAAAAAACUUCUGAUGUACGUCUAUAGAAUAAAAACAAACAGUUAAGAAUCUAAUUGGAAAGAAUAUGAACAAAAUAUUGUGUUGAGAAGGAUACUUCGGUGAAUAGGUACGUAAAGUUCCUUUAUUUCUUUCGAUUCGAUCGGUCCGUAAGACAACAUUCGGCCUUUUGAUAUUAAUUAUCACAGUGCGAAGUCGACGUUAGAUAGAAAAGUAUUCCUUGAAUUUAAUUAACCGUUCUUGCGACCGACUUUUAUUCUCCGCGCGACAACUGAAGAAUAUAGAAUGGAGUCUUUUCUUUUUUUUUCUUUUUAUUUGCAAGGUCCAUUUCAUAGUCUAGAACCGCAUUUUAGACGAGUAGGAAGACUGCGUGAUAUCCUAUUAAAUUUUUCUGUAUGUGUGACCUCAUCCGCCCACUGUGUAUUAUCAGCAUUGCACGUUCUCGAUAACGAGUAACUGUCCCAUUACGCACAAUUUGCGUCGCAGAUACAGAUUUAAGAGUAGCUUUAAACAAAAUCCCCGUUCUGCAAAUUCUGCCGGUAGGAUAACGUUCAAACCAAACGUAACAAUUUUUCGAACACUAGAUGCUGACUUUUAAAGUCGAUAUUCUAAACCUACAUUAACAACGUGGAAGAUAAUUUUAACGAUUCCGAAUUGGUUGAACGAAUUUUAACCGGACGCCGUGGUGAAAUUCUUUGCAAUUUAUGCUCAAUGAUACUUUAUAAACAUAUAUAGACGACGAAGAUUCGAACGACGAGAAUAUUUUUGGUAACGAGAAAAAGGAAUCUAUGAAUUGCAUCGUUUCGAAAAGAGAUUGUUAUCUUCAGUUCUAUCGUGGUCGAGAAUAAACAGUUUGUACCUUA